GAUAUUCAAUAUUUUUCAAUGUCCGAAAAAAACCUCCCAUUUUCUUUCCUCGUCUCUCUCCAAAAAGGAAAUCCAUAGUUCAGCAAAAUCAGCAGAGACAAACACCAUCAACCCAUCACCAUGGUUAGGUGCUAGAAAGUGACCACUAAUCAAACUCAUCUUCUCAAAUCCAUCCUUAAAUCUGAAGCUAAGUCUCCCACCAAAUUAUAUCAUUAUUUAAAUCCAUUUCCAUUUCCAUUGAUUGAUUGAUUCUUCCUUCCCACCCACCUCCUUCCUAAUGUCUCCUUAACUUCGAUCACUCGCCAUUGUUAAUCCUGUUCCAUACCAGAAGAUGAAGCAGCUUUCACUCCUGCAACAAGCUACUCGCCGGAGCAACAGUUUCAGGUCACUUGACGGCGGAGGACCCGACGGACCAAUGAAAUCUCCGGCCACAUUGUUCUGGAUAAUCCUCCAUGCUUUAUGCUGCUUAAUUAGUCUUGUUUUGGGUUUCCGAUUUUCUCGUUUACUCUUCUUUUUGCUUUUCUCCUCUACUACUACUUCUCCCAACUCUUCGUCUUCCUCUACUAUUACGGUGCCGUUUUUUCGAACCCUAGAUACUCGAUCUACGGCGAUCCUUCAACCGCCGAUUCCGGAGAAUCGGACGGUGGCGAGUAGGGUGGUUGUUGGGCGUCAUGGGAUCUUGAUCCGGCCGUGGCCUCACCCGAACCCGGAGGAAGUGAUGAGAGCUCACCGGAUUCUGGAGAGAGUUCAGAAGGAGCAGAGGUUGCAAUAUGGUGUGAAGGACCCUAGGACUGUUAUUGUAAUCACUCCUACUUAUGUUAGAACUUUCCAGGCUCUUCAUUUGACUGGUGUUAUGCAUUCGCUUAUGAAUGCUCCUUACGACGUCGUUUGGAUCGUCGUUGAGGCUGGUGGUGCCACCAAUGAAACCGCCACCUUGAUUGCCAAGUCCAGGUUGAGGACCAUCCAUAUUGGGUUCGACCGCCAGAUGCCGGUUUCUUGGGCGGAUCGUCACCGGGUGGAGGAUCUCAUGAGGGUUCAGGCAUUGAGAUUGGUGAGAGACCGGAAAUUGGAUGGUAUAGUAGUUUUUGCAGAUGAUAGUAAUAUGCACAGUAUGGAGUUCUUUGAUGAGGUACAGAAAGUGAAUAGAGUGGGGGCUCUUUCCAUCGGGAUUCUUGUGCAUUCAGGUGAUCCUAACGAGUCUUUGAAAACGGAGAAGAUGGAGAAUGAGGAGAGUUCAUUACCCAUUCAGGGUCCAUCAUGUAAUUCAUCAGAGAGUUUGGUAGGUUGGCACACUUUUGACGCAAGGCCUUAUGCAGAAAAGAGUGCAGUUUUCAUUGGAGACAUAGGAACAAUUUUACCAAGGAAAAUUGAGUGGGCUGGAUUUGUGUUGAAUUCAAGGUUGUUUUGGAAGGAUAAUGAUGACAAACCAGAAUGGAUGAAGGAUUUGGAUACUUUGGAUGAUGAGAGUGUAGAAAGCCCUCUAUCGCUGCUCAAGGACCAGUCUGUGGUGGAACCCCUUGGAAGCUGUGGCCGAAAGGUUUUGCAUUGGUGGCUUCGUGUGGAAGCUCGUGCUGACAGCAAAUUUCCAUCUGGGUGGGUGAUUGACACUCCUUUAGAAAUAACCGUCCCUGCCAAGCAUACACCAUGGCCAGAAAUUCCUCCUGAACUCCCGUCCAUCGAGAAGAAGGAGAUAGCUACUGAACAGAAUUUUGUCGAAGAGCAUACUGUGAAACGGCCUCCAAAAACUAGAACCAAAAAAAGAAGUUCGCGUAGUAAGAAAAAGCGUGAAGCUAGAGUUGCAGAGAUACAAUUAAAGUAAGAACCUUCUUUUUCAAGGAUAUAUUCUUUUUACUUAUUACACCCUUGUUAGUUCGAUAUCCCCAGUCUUCGUACAUGGAAAAACAUGGAACAUGGAACAUGAAACAUGAAGACGGAUCCAGCAAAAGGCAGUCCAAACAUACCCUAGUAUGAGUAUAUAUAAGCAGAAGUUGAAGAUGAGGAUUUAGUGGGUUGGUUGAUAGUGUGUAUUUAGUUGGUUAAUUCUUUUUUAUUUUGGUUGAUUGUUCUUAGGCUUUAUUAGCAAGGCAUGUCAACCAGUUAGUUAAUCUACCUUCCUGCCAUAGGAAACCAUUUGUAUCCAUACAUCCUUCAAAGUCUAUACACAUCAUCCUUUGAUAUACA